GGCUUAUGAGGUUGUUUUGUGUCUGAUUACUGUUGUUGUUGUUUUUGUUGCUGCUGGUGGUUGUUGUCGUGGCUUUGUAUUUUUUUUUUCUCGUUUUUCUCCCCCAGCUUGAGCGUUUAACAUGCGGAGAAUGUUAACACAAUCAGUUUGAUUUGAGCCGUGUUAAUAAACGUAUCUUUAAGAUGCGAUACCAUAAUAGAUGUAAUAUCAAUAACAACAAAAACAACAACAAAUACUACUACGAUAAUUAUAUUCUAAAUAUUAAUAAGAGGAAAUUCAAAGCAACAACAAACAACGAUUAUCCAACAACGACUCCAUCUUAGCAGAACAAGUGUAAUUUAAAAGAAAAAAAAAAAAACAAAAAUAAAUCGAAUUUUUUAAAUAAUUCUUAGUGAAAAAAAAAUAGUUUAUAGUAUUUAGUUCUAUGGGAUAUAGUAGAGCCCUCCCUCAGAAACCUCUGUAAGAAAUUUUCCUUAGCCUAAACAAAUAAGAAAACGAGCGAUCUACAAAAAUAUAAAAAAAGAAAAACAAAGCAAAAAAGAGAAAACAAAAAUCAAAAGAAUUGCUAACGAAACGAGACGACUGGUUAAACGACAUAAAAAUAGAACGCAGUUAUCUAAACGAGAAAUGUUUUUUUUUUUGUUUUUUGCUCAAGAGAAGUUGUUGUUAACAAAUAAAUAAUUAUAUAUCUAUGUGUAAGCCCAUAUGCGUAUGAUGUGUACACAGUCAGUCCAACGUGAGCGAUAAGAAACAAUAGCAAAAUUUGCAACAAGUGUCGGUAGCCACCAGGAAACACACCGCAAAACGUGAAAAACCCACCAGAGAAAGUUCAAAAGUCUUUGGCAGGAAAUGUUUAGACAUUUUUGGACUUUUGAAGAAAGUCUCUUCUAUUUUACUAAAAAUCAAAAGAAAACAAAAAGUUCCACGAAAUCAUAAGAGCAUUGUUAAUGGCUACAGGUGGUCUGAUUCAUUUAAAUCCAAUGCGGCCAACAACCUCCAUAGCUUAGUGUACACGCUUGAACAGAUAAAGUUUUAAGGCGCACACACACACACAACGACCUUGACUUGAAGCCAGACUAUGAGCCACAAAUAACGCGAAUGAAACCAAAAACAAAUCAAAAUUUUUGAAAAAAAAUCAUGUUUAAAAAAAUCUAAGAAAAAUCUUUUCUCAACACGGCAUCCAGCCAACGAAAAUCAAGAAGUCAUUAUUACGUGAAUAGUUUGUUGUUGAAGUAAACCGAUACUCUUCUGCAGCAUCAACGUCAACAUUGCUGCGCAUCUCAGCACCCCUUCCCAUCGACUUGACAAACGUGCUUUUAAGUUUUAAGAUUAACAAAAACAAAACACCUUAAAAAAAGGCAGCCAACAAACAAAUCUUUGGCAUGACGCACGGCGGUUUUAUCUUUCCUCAGAUGAGAAUAGAAGGCGUUUAAAUUUCCUUCAAGACCACCAGCCAACCUCCAACAAUUCAAUGUUGCCUGUGUUUUUUUUGUUCAAAAAAUAAAUUCUUCAUAUCAAGUGCCAUUGUUUUUAGUCUGUAAUAAACAGUGCAAAAAAACAAAAACAACAACAACAAAAUAAUUACAAUUAAUAAUAUAAUUAUUUUUAAAAAGAAAAAACCGCAACAAAGAAACAAAGAGCCAAUAACCCGGCCUAUGUAACGUGCCCCUAAUAACCUUAUCCUCUGGCUUUUUAAAAAUUGUGUUUAACAAGUUGGCCUCUAAAGUAGCCUCCCCGAACAACGGCAUUGAAAACUUUUUCCUUCCUUUUUUUUGGCAUCCGGUCACAUCCUCAACAUUUGAAACUGCCCUCCACAACACACAACGUAAUCCACCGUUUUAGCUGUAAUCGUGGCUUUUGGAUUUUGCGCUUGCGCACUUUUGUGGUGUCAUGCCACCAUCAACAACCUAACUACCACUGUCAACUAUAAACAAAACAACACCAACAACAACAAUAACGUGCAAUACUCCGGUCUUUAGUUUCUGUGUGUCAUCAUUUGUUUCAUUUGUGUCUUUUCCCUCGCUUCGGAAAAAAUAACAAAUUUUGAAAAUUAUCCACCAAUCAGGCAAAACCACCCAAAAAAUUUGCAAUGUUUGCUCCACGCAACUCAUCACCGGUGGCCAUUUAUGGCAAAGAGGAUGUUGCUGCAUAUGAGAUAAAACUUAAAAAAGUUUUAGGCCUCACAGUAUGCAGCAAUGCAGCCUUGGAUUGUUCACCCAUCAGUGGCCUAUUGGCCUAUCCAGCCGGCUGCACAAUUGUAUUAUUCAAUGCCAAAAGACAGACGCAGGCCUAUCUGGUCAACACAUCCCGCAAAGCUUUCACAUCCGUGGCAUUCUCGCGAUGUGGUCGCUAUGUGGCCACCGGAGAGUGUGGCAUGAAUCCUGCCAUAAAGGUGUGGGAACUUGAGGCGCCGAAUGGCAAUCUGGAACACUGCACCGGCGGUAAUGUAGUAGCGGAAUUUGUGGAUCACAAAUAUGCCGUCACAUGUGUGGCCUUUUCACCCACCGGCAAAUUUUUGGUAUCUGUCGGUUCCCAGCAUGACAUGAUCGUCAAUGUUUUCGAUUGGAAGUCCAAUCUCAAAAUGGCCUCGAAUAAAAUUAGUUCUAAGGUCUCUGCCGUUAGUUUUGCCGAGGACGGCAGCUAUUUCGUGACGGUGGGAAAUCGUCAUGUGAAAUAUUGGUAUUUGGAGGGUGGACGUAAAUACAAGGACCCUGUUCCACUAAUGGGUCGCAGUGCCAUAUUGGGAGAUUUGCGUGACAAUGAUUUCUGUGCUGUGGCCUGUGGGAAAGGGGCCUGCGCGGAGAGUACUUAUGCCAUUACGCGGCAAGGCCACUUGGUGGAAUUCAGUUCGAGGCGCCUGCUCGAAAAGUGGGUGCAAUGUCGUACAACCAAUGCCAACUGCAUUAGCGUGGCGGGCCAAUUUAUUUUGGUGGGUUGUGCCGAGGCCAUCAUACGAAUAUUCAAUGCCAGCACACUGGAGUAUGUGACCACUUUGCCCCGCACGCACUAUCUAGGCGUAGAUGUAGCUCAGGGUAUACAUAUCAAUCACAUAAUGACAGUACCACCGCAGGCCAAGUAUCCCGAUUGCAUUGCCAUGGCAUACGAUGAGCAAAGGUUAAAGGUCACCUGCAUCUACAAUGAUCAUUCGCUGUACAUUUGGGAUAUGCGAGAUAUCAAGCGCGUGGGCAAGUCACAUUCCUUCCUCUAUCACUCCACUUGCAUAUGGGGUGUUGAAACAGUGCCAUAUAACAUGGAGCGUGAACUCUCCCACACCUUGCCCGAAGAUUCCUUCGUUACCUGUUCCUCUGACGACACUAUACGCGUUUGGGGUCUGGAAGGUUGUGCCAAUAACGAAAUCUAUCGCAAGAAUAUCUACUCCAAGGAGCUACUCAAAGUGGUCUAUAUCGAUGAUGAUUUGAAUUUCAUCAAGGACCAGGAGAUCGUGGGCGACAAGAAUUCAGCAACCAACAAUUCCAAUUACGAUGGACGCAACGGGGUGCGUUGCAUUAAGAUCAGCCCAGAGCUGGAGCAUUUGGCCAGUGGCGACCGGAGUGGCAACAUUCGCAUUUAUAAUUUAAAUAAUCUGAAACUGAUAACUGCUAUAGAGGCUCAUGAGUCGGAGGUAUUGUGCUUGGAGUACUCGAAUGACAAAAUCGAUCGAAAACUCUUGGCCAGUGCCAGUCGUGAUCGUUUGAUACACGUCUUCGAUGUGGCCCAGGACUACAAGCUACUGCAGACUUUGGAUGAUCAUUCGUCCUCGAUAACAUCGAUAAAGUUUGUGGGGGCUGGUUUGAAUUUCCAAAUGAUAUCGUGUGGUGCUGAUAAAUCGAUAAUGUUUAGAACGUUUCAGGGUAAUAUUUUCCUACGUGGUACUCACACAUCGGGCAAGACAACCCUCUACGACAUGGAAGUGGACUCGAAUGCCAAACACAUACUCACCGCUUGUCAGGAUCGCAAUAUACGCGUCUAUGGUACGCAAAACUCCAAACAUACCAAAACAUUCAAGGGUUCGCAUUCCGAUGAGGGUAGCCUGAUCAAGCUCAGCUUGGAUCCCAGUGGCAUAUAUGUGGCCACCUCGUGUACGGACAAAACCUUGGCCGUAUACGACUACUAUUCCAAUGAGUGCAUGGCACGCAUGUAUGGGCACAGCGAGCUGGUGACCGGUUUGAAAUUCACCAACGAUUGUCGCCAUCUAAUAUCGGCCAGUGGUGAUGGAUGCGUCUUCAUUUGGCAAGUGCCUCACGACAUGAUUGUUACCAUGCAAGCAAGGUUGUCACAGCAGAGAUUGCGUUCGGGUCAUGCUCCCAUAUCGCGAUCAAUUUCACAAGCUUUAAUUGCUCCCGAGGGUAUUAUUGUAGAAUCGCCCACGCCAGACAUAGUAGAGGAUCACAAAUUUGCCAUGUCUCCGAAUAUACUACAAGGUGAAGUGCCCCUUACACCGGGUUAUAAACUUUCCGAUGUGGGCCAAUUGCCGCAAUGGGCGAAAAGGAAGGCUGGCGUUUCAGCCCUAGCUGCCGAACCGGAAUCACCAUCCAUGAAUAUACCCACGGCUACUGCUGCAGCCGCCAACAACUCCUCCUCGAUGACCAACUUGAGUUCAUCACCCAGUCAAGGGGGUGGUCUGGCGCCAAGGCCGCGAAAUCGAUGGGCCCAACGAGGGCAAAUUGAUGCCGAUACGCUCACGGAUAUCAGAUCGAAUUCAGAAAGCCCAUUGGGCAGUGUUUCCACCACAUCGGGCAUAGUACCAGCCAUGCAUCAUCCAGGUUUUGGCAAUACCCAGACAUCGGAUUACAACAGUGCUUCCUCGAAGGACAUUAUGUACAACCAAACGUAUUUGAGUGAAGACUCCUCCAUUGAUUCGGGCAUGGAGACGCGAAGAGAGCUGAAGUUUAUAGGCAGUAAUAAUACCGGCACAGUACCCACCAUUUCUGCUCCCGGAGCUGCAGACACCAGUCGAGUAACGGUUUCUGCAAACUUAUCUGUUGAUCGAAAGCAAGGUUUACGCUUUGAUACCAUAUCGAACAAUGACCAUGAUGGUGAUGUUGAGGAUAUAUCGGAUGGGGAGAGGACAAGUUCGGAUCAUGGCAUGUUCUAUAAUAACAUAUCACCAAGUACACCCACAGAUUUUAAAGUCAAUGCCAUGAACGAAGAGGAACUACGAAAGUCAGUGCGUCGCCAAAAGUUCGAAAAGGCUGGCCUUACGCUCAGUGGUAAUGGAUCACAUACAGCUAGCACGGGUACUGGCACCGGGACUUCAGACACGGAAGAUGAAGGAUCCACUCCCAGUGCUGAAAAUGCAGACCGUUCACUAGCUUCAACACUGGGCGGUAGUUCCGAGAGUAUACCGCAAACAUCAUCUAGUUUUCUACAAGCAGCUUUACCCGACGGACCUGGUAAUUUGCUCGAAAGAGGCAGUACUAACCGUCGCAGCAUAAGUGCCAAACAUAACACGGAAAACGGUAAACCUGGUGUUUCCGCCCCGCCCACCAUAACAAAAUCAUACACCAGUACAAAGAAGGAAGAACUGUUGAAAGUCAUUAAUGAAGCUAAACAGAAAUUGGAAAAUGGUGCACGCAAAAAUGGUGUUAAAAAGUUAUCAGCCAUACCCGAGGUUGGCUAUCGUUCGCUACGUGGCAGUCAUAGUAUUUCGGACUUAAGUUUGGCUGGAAAUUUGGAUGGUUCCCGUUCUGGUUUAUCGGCUGCAAACCGUUACGCCAAAACAGGCAAUCCCAAAAAUUUGAAUCCCAUGCCAGUUGAUGAUUCCUCAUCCAUACGUAGGGCUUGUUCCCUAAGUGAUCUGCACAUGGGCAACAUGGGAAAAGGCAACAAAUCAAAUAGUUCUUCCCAAAAAACGGGUGCUGCUCAUCGCAACAGUUCUGCCACCCGUACAGCUAGUAAACGUAAUAGUCUGCAAAUAAAAGGUUCUUCCACUAAUUUAAGUGCAAAUGCUUCAAUGGGUGUACUCAAUCAGAGUGAUUCAGAAACAGAGGGCAACAGCCGAGGCCGAUCUGGUUCCAAUGGACAAAGUCGAACAAAUGGGCCAACAGCUUCAACUCGUUCAUACAAUUCUAAAAAUGCCAAUGCCAAUAAUAAUCGCCGCAAGGGGGCGCUACAAACAAGCUUUAAUAACGCACCACCUCAAGAUGAUUCUAGCUCUGAAGAAACCCAAGGUAGUUCUUCCACUGUAAAACCUAUUGUGCCACCACGUCCGCGUAAUUUAGCCUUUGAUCAUAAGAAUAAAAUUAUAAACAGUCCCAAUGUUGUGAAAACGCGCGGUGUCUUUGAAGCUGCCGACUUUGCCGAUUUGGACAGCAAUGGAGAUCCAAAAUCUCAAGUCCACAAUGUUAUUAACAAAUUGUACACCACCACACAAACCGUACUACAAUUGCACGCAAAUCUCAGAAAUUGCGAGGAUUCUUUGAUGCUUAAAGAAUUGGAGAAUGCUGUGAUUAUGACACAAAAUAUGUUAACCAAUAUUACACAAAAUAAAAAUGAUAAAAACAAUCAACAACCAAAUCAUACGUACUCAAGCACGGAACAAGCGAAUUUAGAGAACGGCGAUUACAUGAUGAUGGUGAACAAUUGCGCCGAUCUUUUGAAUAAUUUCCGUAUGAAGCACAAACCCGAUGACUGUGAGAACAACUCCUAGUGUGUAGCAAGAAAAAAAAAUAAAUAAACAAAAAAAAAAAAAAAAGAAGUGAAACUGAACUAAAACAAAACUAAUACAAAGGGAAAGAAGAAAAUGAAGAAAAACAAAAUAAUUUAAUAUUAAUUAAUACUAUACAUAUACAAAUAUAAUACUAUACAUAAUAAAUUAAAACACAACCACUAAAACCAACAAAAACAUAUUAAGAUAAAUUUACAUUUAAAUACAAAUAUUAGUAGCUAACAAUGUUUUUUUUUUAUUAUUACAUAAUACUAUUAUCAUUAUGAUUAAAAGAAAUUAAAUAUAUAUUAUUACAAUUAUGUGUUUAUUAAUAAUAUUAACUAAUUAAUUACAUGUAAAAUAUUUAAUUAAAGAAAUAUAUAUAUAUAUUAUUUAACAAAAGAAAACACAACAACACAAUUGUAAUUAAAAUUUUUUUAAUUUGUUUUACAACUUCUUAAUGAAAGAAAACAAAAAGACAUGGAGUGAAAAGAGCUAAUGGAAUAAACGCUGCAAUUUGGAUUUUCAAUAGUCCUACAAAUGGUGAAGGACUUCAUCCUGUCAUUCACUUCCACAGGAACACAAAGGUGUUCCCUCCGAAAGGGAUUCCAGGCGAUUACGGCAUUUGUUUUAUUUAGUAGCAAUCAAAUCUUUAUGUAGUCUUCUUUUGGUAAACGAUAAGGAUAAAUGGAAAGAAAACGACGCUUGUUUUGUUAUAUAUAAACUAAUAAUUUGUUAUGUUACGUUUUUUUCUUUGCGUGAGAAUGUAUGUAUGUUUCGCCUUAGAUUUUAGUAUAAUUUGCCUAACUAUUGUAAUUUCAACUGUAAUAACCGCCCCAACAAUAACAAUGUGUCUUUGCCUAACAACCAUUCGAAGUUAAUUUUUUUUAUCAGAGGCAUUCUGUUAUUAUAACCCUCUGUCAAAUGUGAAUCAAAUUUGUCCUAGAUAAUGUUUUCUUAAUACCACCACCACCACCACAACCACUCCCGCCCUGUGUGGUCCUAGUUUAUGUUUUACCAAUCAUUUGCGUUUUAAGCAUAGUUUAAAUAUUUUUAAUGUUAAGUAAAUCCAUUCACUUACACUUGUAUAUCCUAAAUUAGCUUUAAUUUCAGCUGCUGCAAGAGAAGGCGAAUCAAAUGUAUUUGAUAUUGGAUUCAAUUCCAUAUAAUAACUAAAAACAAAAACAAAUAAAAACAACAACAACAAUAAUAAUAAUAAUAAUGUAAUACUAUACAAUAA